AUGAUCGAGGGCGACAGAGGCAGACAAUCACACGCAGCUGUCACCAUGGCUGGCCUCACAGACCCCACGCUGCACCAACCAUCCACACGUACAAUAGAGUGCUGGUCCGGGGACACUCUUGACCUCGGCCGCAUCGAGUUCAGCGACAUGUCCCAGAUGGUCUUUGAUAGCAAAUGCAGCUAUUUGGACGUCCCUUUCCCUGCCGCAGACGGCGGCUUUAUUAUGGACCUUGGGCCCGAGAUGUACAAUAUGCCGUUGCAGCCAUACGAUGUAGUACCCGUUGGUACUAUCGCUGCCUCACAAAUUUCGAACCCUGCUCUUGACGAUAACGCGUGGAGCACACACUCGUGGCCAAUAUCCCCGAUUAGCGAUUCUUCCACCCUUUCUAACAUUGCUAGCGCGUCGAACCACACUAGCCCUAGCGGAAGUACGCUGGAGCCUUCGUCGUUAGCACUUAGGUGCUAUAGCUACCACCAGCUUCAACAGCAACACAGCUCGGAAAUACAGCAGCUCGCCGGCACGAAACACAGGCAUAGCGAGAUACACGUACAUAGCGCAGGGUCGGCAGAUGCAACGGCAAGCUUCGCGUCGCAGUCUACGCCGUCGAAUAGGACGGCCGUUCCAAGCAGCAAUAAGAAGAAGACGAUACGCGAGAAGAACCGAAGCGCUGCGACCAAAUAUCGUAACAAGAUGAAGUGCGAAACCACAGAGCUUCAAGAGACAGAGAAACAGCUCUCGGAGAAGAACAGUACCCUAAGCGCCCACGUUCAGGAAUUACGCGAUGAGAUCCUCGCUCUCAAGAUGGAGAUCCUGCGGCAUAGCACUUGCAAUGACCAGGGCAUCCAGGCUUUCAUCUUGGGGGAGAUUAGGAAGUUAAUUAUGGAUUGAGAAAGAGUCAGUUCAUAUAACUAAGUCUUUCAUACCAAAAUAUUAGAAGAGCA